AUGGGACUGCACCCGCUGGAAUUCAGCGAAUGCUAUCUGGACAGCCCCUGCUUCAGGGAGAAAAUCAAGGCUCACGAAGCAGAGCUGGAUAAGACCAACAGGUUCAUUAAGGAGCUCUACAAAGAUGGCAAGAACCUCAUCAACGCCACCAAACAGUUAGGGAUGGCACAACGAAAGUUCGCCCAGUGCCUGGGAGAAUUUCAAUUCGAGUACAUCGGCGACGCCAAGACGGACGACGAGCGCUGCAUCGAUGAGUCACUGCAAGAGUUCUCCUCAUUCCUCAAGAACCUGGAAGACCAAAGAGAACUGAUGAUGCGAAACAUCACCGAAACCCUCAUGAAACCCCUGGAGAAGUUCAGGAAAGAGCACCUCGGCCUCGUCCGGGCGGAGAGGAAAAAGUACGAGAAAGAGACGGAGAAAUACUACAGCUCGCUGGAGAAGCUUCUCAACAUGUCCGCCAAGAAGAAGGAGCCACAGCUACAAGAGGCAGACGUCCAGGUGGAAACCAUGAGGCAGCACUUCCAGGAGGAGUCGCUGGACUACGUAUGCAAGCUGCAGGAGAUCCAGGAGAGGAAGAAAUUUGAGUGUGUGGAGCCUAUGCUGGCUUUCUUUCAGACGGUCUUCACUUUUUAUCACCAGGGAUUCGAGCUCGCCAAGGACUUCGACCAUUAUAAGCGAGCGUUACAAAUCAAUAUACAGAAUACAAGGAGUCGGUUCGAGGGCACGCGUUCCGAGGUCAACGAGCUGAUGAAAAGGAUCCGAGAAGCGCCUCAGGAGUACCGACAGACCAGCCCCAUUAGCUGCGAGGGCUACCUUUACGUCCAAGAAAAACGGCCGCCUCCUUUCGGAUCAAGUUGGGUCAAACGCUACUGCACGUUUGUCAAAGAGCAAAAGAUUCUUCACAUGGUGACUUUUGACCACAGAUCCGGUGGAAGGAGUGGUGAGACGGAGUCGGUCACGCUCAGGUCCUGCGUCCGAAAAACUACAGACAUGUUGGACAGGAGGUUCUGCUUGGAGCUGGACAUUACGGAUCGGCCAGGCACAGCACUGACAGUGCAGGCGUUGUCGGAGAGUGACCACAAAUUCUGGAUGCUGGCCAUGGGCGGGAAGGAACCUAUCGGGCACUAUCUCGGGAGGACGUUUUCGAAAGAAAGAGGAAUUGACGCUCAACUGGAUGACGUGGGUCUGUCUUUUGUCAAGAACUCCAUCAGCGCCAUAGAAAAACGUGGGAUAAACGACCAAGGCUUGUACAGAGUGGUGGGAGUCAGCUCCAAGGUUCAGAAGCUACUCUCGUUAAUGAUUGAUGAAAAGAGCAAUGAAGUGGACCUGUCCACCAGUGACGACUGGGAUGUGAAAACCAUAACGAGCGCACUGAAGCUGUACCUGAGGAGCCUCCCCGAGCCGCUCAUGACCUACGGACUUUACAAAGAGUUCAUCAGCCCGGCAAAGGGCGGCAGUCCAGAAUCUCGCAUCCAGGCCGUCCACUGCCUGAUCCACAAGCUGCCGGAGAAGAAUCGACAAGUCCUGGGGCUGUUUAUGAAGCAUCUGGCCAACGUGGCGGCCCACAGCAAGCAGAAUCUGAUGACGGUGGCCAAUCUGGGUGUGGUUUUUGGCCCCACGUUGAUGAGGCCGCAAGAAGACACGGUGGCCGCCAUCAUGGACCUCAAGUUCCAGAACAUUGUGGUGGAGAUCCUCAUUGAGCACCAAGAGAAGAUCUUCACAGACGCUCCCGAGUCGUGCCUACUCUCACCCGCCGCCUCGGUCUUCUCCGCACCCGCCAGGCAGUCCAAGAAGCUGAAUCGACAGAGCCGUCCGCUCGCCGUCUACAACCCGCAAGUUCUGGACAUUCAGACCGCCUGCGACAGCUCCAACCUGGCCACGGACGAGACGUCGAUGGGCAGCAACGAGUCGGUUUCGUCGCAGUCCUCGUCCGCCUCGACUUCCGAGACCACGCCUUUGGAGACGAUUGAACGCACCCCUCUUACCGCCAGCCUCUCCUCGGGCAGCGGUAACUCCAGAACAUCCAUGGCAGCAGCGACCUGGUUAGGUGAAGGCCAACUCGCAAACACGCCUGACAAAGAAAAGCCACUCGAAAGUGUCACGGGCAAGAAAGCCAAGGCGGUGUACCCGUGCGAGGCCGAGCACGACUCGGAGCUCUCCUUCCACGUCGGCGCAAUUUUCAACGCCGUGACCCAAUCCAGGGAGCCGGGCUGGCUGGAGGGGGAACUGGAGGGCAAACGGGGCCUCAUCCCUGAGAACUAUGUGGAAAUGCUGUAG